GGUGGGCGCUGGGAGGGCCGCUGGCGGUGAAGGCCGUCGGGUUCCUGCUCCUCGCCGGCCUCUUGUUCCGCGUGCUCUGCUCCUUCCCGUCCUCGCGGGCACCGGCGCUGCAGAUCACCGAAGUCGAAGGCCAUCCAACUUCUACCAGAUUCCAGGAUAGCCUGGGGAAAAGGCAAUAUUUUUUACAAAUGUUCCACUCCUUCAUUGUUGGCAGCAGCUUUUCCACAAAUCGGCCCAUGCGACUGGCCUCAUAUGGUUAAGUUGUUUGCCGUUAGAAUUCUAUCAUGCCUUAAUAAGCAUUCAAACAAAAAACCCAACACGUUUGUUUCUUUUUCAUCUUCCAGAUUUGAGUAAUGCCAGAAUUGAUCAUCUGUACUGUCCUAUACCAAUGUUUUCUUUGCCAAACACUGUCCAUCAGGCGUCCACUUCCUUCAGGAAAAUGUAAUCUUUUCAAUGGGGAAUGGAUACCAAAGCCCUCUGGCCCAUCCUAUACAAAUGCAAGCUGUCGAUUUAUUGACGAUCAUCAGAAUUGCAUGAUGAACGGUAGACCUGAUAAGGGAUAUCUACAAUGGAAGUGGAAACCUUAUGGAUGCGAUCUUCCACCAUUUAACGCUGUCAGAUUUCUAGAUUCAAUGAGAAACAGAGCUUGGGGCCUGAUUGGUGACUCCAUUCUUCGUAACCAAGUUCAAUCAUUGCUAUGCCUUCUGUCUAAGGCUGAAGAACCUGUUGAGGUUUACCAUGAUAAGGAAUACAAACACAGGAGAUGGCACUUCCAAUCCUACAACUUCACAGUGUCACUCGUCUGGGCUCCUUUCCUCAUAAAAUCUGAUGUUUUUGAGAAUGAGAAUGGCCUAUCUACCUCUGAAAUCCAGCUCCACCUUGACAUACUUGAUGCUAGCUGGACAAGUCAGUAUGAGAGUUUUGAUUAUAUUAUUAUUUCCGGCGGACAAUGGUUUCUUAAGACUGCAGUCUACUGGGAGAAUGGUGCAGUGGUGGGCUGUCAUUAUUGUCGAAACAAGAACCUGAUUGAACUUGGCUUUGAGCACCUGUAUCGUAAAACUCUGCAAAAGGUUUUCAGCUUCAUCAUUUCAGAAAAACACAAGCCAGUUAUAUUCUUCAGGACCUGGUCGCCCGAUCACUUCGAGAAUGGUGAGUGGUUCAAUGGAGGAUCUUGUAAUAAGGUGGCGCCAUACAAGAAGAGAGAGUACCGGGAGAGGUACAACGAACAUGUCAUGAGGGACAUCGAACUUAAAGAGUUUAACAAGGCUGAAGCUGCAUUGAGGGGUUCCGGGGAUGUGGAGAGACUGAAGCUCAUGGAUACUUACAGCCUCUCCACCUUGAGACCAGACGGCCAUGUUGGGCCUUACCGAACACCCUAUCCGUUCGCAAAGGACAGCAAGAACGCUGUAUCCGUUCAGAACGAUUGUUUGCACUGGUGUGUGCCAGGGCCUAUUGAUGCGUGGAAUGAUCUUGUUAUGAAGAUGGCACUGGAUCGAUGAACGCACUGGAUUUAGAUGGUGUGCUCUUCGGCCAUGAUACCACGUUGUAGAGUUUACUGGAUGCAGAAUCAGGUUCCCACCAGCAGUGGUACUUCACAGCAGCAAAGUGGAGAGGACAAGGCAGUAAAUUGCUUAUACAGUUAUACUGGUAAAAGUGUGUAUGUUUUUGGUUCAAAGAUACUGGUUUGUAGCAACAAAUAGCUAAGUGGUUAACCCUGUAUAUGCUUAAUUGCAAUCUGCAAGAUGUGUAUUUUGUUUCCAUGUUGUAGACUGGGCUUCUGCUGCCGGUUAUUUUCAGUGGCCUUAUAGAAGUAAUCCUUGUUUAACUGGUGGUGCUACUGCUGUCAAUGCAUGGGCACGCACUUGUGAUAGUAUCACAAAGUCUGAUAUCCCUUCGUAAAA